GAUACACAAAUGCCUCAGAGCACGAUAUGAACUGGCUCAACCACCCGCUUAAGAAGGAACACAAGAUUCUCUUUUUGUUCCAGCCCUACCUGUACCUGAAAUUGAACGUUCUCUAUACUUGUUUUCACUCAGUUCUAUCCUUACCCACUGGGUUUCAUUGAUCGUUAUGUGACAACCGUUGGAAUCGUGUGUUCCUUCAUAUUUAACCCAUCGGAUUGGCUUUUCUCCUUCUAAGACCAUUGCACGUUACAUAUAUGGCGGCAGUGGUUGGGUCCGCUUCCCACAAUUGUGUUCCUCCGACUUCGUACUGCACACGCAUGGACGUGGCCGGUUGGAAAUAGUCGGUAGACAAUUACCUCCAUUCUAUCCCAGCAGGAAUCACAGACCGCUAUUGCAAUGGACUCUUGGAACUCAUACAGCCAUUCUCCGAUUUCACAGAGUCCCCAUUCUUAUAUAUCUCGGAUUCUUUUACCUAAGCCAAGUGCUGACCACUCCUGCCCAUCACGGAAUUCUCGUGUUUCACAGGCUUUUCGUCAAAGGCUUGGUACACCACAGUCUUCUCGUCGCCUGAACUCACCGUUCCGAUCCCGUCAACCCACUGCCGUCCCAACUCUGCUUAACUUUCAACCUGAUCCUUGUUAUCAAUCCUCACUUUUCAAACUCCGUUCCCGACACCAAGGAAUGCUGUGGUUCAGCCCUUCGCGCUAGAAGCAAUGGAACCCUCCUCAUCCAUUGAGCUCGGUAUGCGUAUGCUUGAAUCCAAAAAGCGAUUGCCGUCCGCUGUCGUUUGCGAUUUGUCUCCUGCAGCCACACUCGACCAAUCUACGUCCCAAGAUUCUAAACGAAGGCGCCUUGAGUCUGCGUCGGCUCUGAAAACAAUUGAUAUAUCUUCCCUUGGGGACAACCACGAUUCUGAUGGAUUCCGAUUCACGUCCAUCCAUGAGCUUAAAAAGUCCUCAACAAACGGCCAUCUUUUCCCCACUUCACCGUCAAUGUUUACGUCUCAUCCUUCUCCAAUUGACUCUCGAAAUGGAUUUACCGAACAUCAACCAACAAAAACCGAUUCGCAUUCUUUGAACUAUGGGAACACCUGCUAUAAAAUUGCACCAGUGUCAUCAUCUGAGGCCUCCAUCAGGCGUCGUAUUCCUUAUAUGUCGCCCGCUGAACUGGAUGCUCUGUUCCAGUCCAAGAAAAAUGGCCCCUUAAAGCCCAGCCUUAAUGACGACUCACGUAGAUCUGAUAUGGAUGAUUUCUCUCCCAUACCCACCUCUCGUAUACGGGCGCAGGAUUCUCCUGCCCCUCGGACUCAGAAGCAGUCAGCACCGGUUGACAUAGAUUUGCAAUAUUCAUCACCUCAACGUCUAGUUUUGUCCGAAUCAUCUAGUGCUUCUAAUGUAAACACAUCGGAAGCUGGACCACUAGGCCCUCGCAAAGUGAAUUCGGUUGCUCAAUUCAUUGCCAGCCUCGAAGCACAUGGUUCCCAUUCUAAUGCUUCGGCCACCGAAGAGUAUGCUACGCCCCACCCCCGGUGGAAAUCCCAUCUAUCCGAGCACCAUCUUUCUCCAUCGGAUUUGGAUUCACGGGUUUCGCGUAUCCGGAACCUUCUCUCUUCCAGUUCUUCAUCGCUUGUGUCCUCACCCAUGCCUUCACUAUCAUCAAGCGUCUGCCAAUCGGGACAUUCCACAACUAAAACAGAAAUAUCUCCGUUCAUGCCUGUGUUCACUGCUUCUGUCCCAUCAAUACUCACCAGUUCUGCUUCUUUGCUGACCCCUCUGAAUCCAACUUGGUCCACCACUACGCCUAUCGUAACCUGUUUACCGUCAUCGGUUAACCAACCUGUUUUAACUACGCAGCUUACCACCACUCCGAGUUUCACUUUUUCAUUUCCUACUAUUACAAAGGCUACUGCCACAUCAAAUAUUAGUGAUGCUAGCUUCUCGUCUUCUGAGAGCAAGAAUACUUUCUCAAACUUACGGACGACGUCCGCAGUCUCGAGUGUAGUUAUUUCAACUUCAUCAUCAAGCGCACUUUUUUCUCUUCCGACUACUCCACUGUCUGUUUCUAUCGCUUCACCUGCCACUUCUGUUGCACCGUUUGCUUCAUUGGGCUCAUCGGUAACAGUGGCUACCUCAUCGUUAACGUCAACUGUCUCUCCUUCACUCAGCUCUUCCAUCAUAACGACAUCUUUAUCCCUCUCCCCGUUCAAAUUUCCGUCAAUCUCCGCCACCUCAUCUGUUGCUACAUCCUCCGUUUCUUCACCGUUGACGCUUUUCAGCUUUGGAACAGCUAACUCUUCGGCGCCAUCAACGCAACCGCCUACUACUAUGACCUCAGCCCUCUUCUCACUGCCAACAAAACCCUCCUUUGCUCCCGUCACGUCCGUGUUAUCGUUCGGGACAAGUGUGGUCAAGUCGUCAGAAUCAUCCUCCGGCAUACCUACUGGUACUUCUGUCACAGGUUUAUCAACAGCACCACUGUUUUCUGUCGCCACUACUUCUAGUUCGGCUCCACUUGCUAUCAGUUCUGUUUGCACUACUUCGGCCUCUUCGGGACAGCCAUUCCAGUUCGGUACGGCAUCUAACGUGCAUACGACUAGUUCACCUUUCUCACACUCUCUGCUGACCUCAACCUCUGCUUCACUCUUCUCCACCUCUUCAACUGCUCCAGCUACCAUCUUAUCCAACGGCGGUGUUACCCUACCUGCUAUUUCGUCGUCUACCGGUAUAGCAACAUUCACUGCUCCCAGCCUUGGUUUUUCUACUUUGGUCUCUACCACCACCACCACUACCACCACUGCCUCAACCAAUCCAGUAUUUUCAUUCUCAUCACUUAAAACACCAUUCCCUUUUUCUUUGGCAUCAACCACCAACUCAGCAGCAGGCAUCACGGCAACUACCAUGGCCGCGCCUACAAGUAGCGUCGCACCGUUGUUUUCUUUCGGCACUUUACCGACUGUCUCAUCUAGUACAGCCACGACUACCUCAUCAUUCUCUUUGUUUGGCUCGGCCAUUUCUUCCAAUACUGUCGCAUCUUCACUGGGGACAUCUUUGCCAGCCAGUAGUUCUUCCAGUGCAUUCUCGUUGGGGAUGAAAUCCACUGCGGGUAGUGCUACAAAUAUAACAACUUUCGGAGCUCCCAGUUUGUUCGGAAAAAUCGGUGAUGUUCCUUGCACCUCAUCUAACCCGUUUAAUGUGACUAUGGCGUCUACCGUUUCUUCCUCUCCGUUCACGUUUUCGACGGUAUCGACUUCUUCUCUUUCCGGAACCGAAUCGGCCCAUAAACAGCCUUUCCAAUUUGGAACAUCUGCCUCGAGUGGUUUGGCAAGCAGUUUCGGAGGCGGGGCUUUCUCUUCAUCUGCUAUUUCGGGACCGAAUUUGUUUACUUUUGGACAGCCUGCUGCGUCUCAGAGUUCACUUCAAACAGCUACGAAUUCUUCCACUUUGUCCACCGCCCCAACCACUAACCUGUUCCAAUUUGGUUCUUCCUCAAACACAACGACACCGACAAAUAUGGGGUUCAAUUUCAUCCAGUCUAGCACGACUUCAUCCGCAUUGGGUUCAACGCAGCCACCUUCCACUAAUGGCUUUGUGUUUGGUCAACCGGCGUUGAGCUUUGGUGCCCAACCCCAACCAACUGGGAACCCGUUCACUUUCGGCACCACCAGUCCUAAUUUGGCGAGCACUGCUGUGGUUCCGAAGCGACGUCCAAUUGCAACCAGGCGAACUCGUCGCCCAUGAAAUGCACAUGUCCGUAUAAUUACUUCUGAUGCCUAAAACGCUUUUUGUGAUCAUCCUUAUUCAGUCUCGGACGCUUCAUUAUCCAACCCAAUGUGCAACCGUGCCUUAUAUAUAACUGCUUAUUGAGACGUACGUAGCUACCGCAUGUCUCGUUUCUGCCACACACAUAGCAUGAUUGUCAUUCUUGUUGUUACUAUGAUGCUCGUAUUCUAUCGGUACUUGGUUCUCUC